CUGUUGUGAUUUAUUCUUCUAAGUCUCCUGAAUAUUGGCUACUUUUAUGGCUAUUGCUAGUGAUCCAUCUGUUCAAAAUUUAAUUUUUCUCAAAUAGGAUUCUUGAAAUCUUAAUUAAAAAGAUAUAACACCCCUUUUCCUCCUCUCUCUGAGAUUACAUGCAUAUGGAAACAAAGACUUACCCUUGUGCUCUGUGGGUUAAGAUCUUUUACUUCCUAAAAAGUGUUAUACUUGACCAUAGUUCAAUUCCAUUUGUAUCACUUGACCAAUAAACCACUCAACCCCAUGAUCAAGAUUUAGGCUUUUUCAAAGUUUUGUUCUUUUUUGUUUCUUUCCUUUGAUCUGAGAUUCUGUUUUUUUUUUCUUUUUUGUAAGGUUCCUCUGUCUUUUGGGGAUUCUGCUUUAGGGGCAGAGUCAGAAUUUUCGUCAAAGGGCUCAGUGUCGUAUUUUCUUUUCUACUUCGGUUAAAUUAUAGGAAUUGUUACUCAAUGGAAGAAGAUCAAGAUUUGAAUUUUAUGGGCAAGUUGUGUAACAAGAAGUAUCUAUAUGGGAAGUCACUUGGGGGUCACAUGAGGUCUCAUGUACUUGAUGAAAAAUUUGAAGCUAAUAAGUUGAAAAAGGUGGAAUCUUGGAAUAUUAGUAGUGGGAAGAAUCAAUCAAAGUUUGAACAUGGUGGGAUUCCUUCUGGUUAUGUUCUUAGAGAGAAUCCCAAGAAAACUUGGAGGGCUGAGGAUUCUAAGCUAUAUUGGUCGGACUCUUCAAAAAUAAUGACGCAGAACACUAUUUUUAAAGGAUCUGACACGCACCUGAAUCAGAGUAAUAAGUAUACCACCCCUUUGACUCAAGAAAAAAUUUGUCAACAAUGUGGGAAGGUGUUUCAAUCAAUGAAAGCCUUGUGUGGUCAUAUGGCUUGUCACUCAGAAAAAGAUAAAGGGGGCUUGAAAGAAGAUUAUGAUGAUGAUGAUGAUAACUCAUGGACUAGUAGUGAUCAUAGCCAUUCAGAUACUGAAGCUGAUGAGCUGAUAAGUCAGAGUUGUAGAUCAAAGACUACUAAAAGGUACAAGAAAAUUGUAGUUAAGUCGAAUGAUAAUUAUAAUUGUUCGUCGUCUGUGUCUGAGAUUGAUCAAGAGCAAGAACAAGAAGAAUUAGCCAAAUGUUUGAUGAUGUUGUCAAGGGAUUCUAGGACUUGGAAUGGUGUUAGUUCACUUGUGGAGACUUCUGAUAAUAAUUCUGUUGUUUUAGAGACUAAACCAUCGUCUAGUGACAUGAAGUAUAAUGCUAGAAAGAACGGUCUUAAACGUGUCUAUAAUCAAGAUGAAAAGCCUCGAAUGAAGAAAGAGGGAGAUAGAAACACCAAGGUUGAAAUAUUGGAAGCUGAAACUCAAUCCGAGAACUCUGAUUCAGACUACUACUUAGGCAAAAAUGGGAAUGUUGAAUCAGAUGGCUCUGUUGAGAGGUUCUUAGGAAAUGGUAACGAAAAAUGGAGUACCUCUAAAAUGAGUUUUGGAGCUUGGUUAGACGAGCAUAGAACUGACGAGAAAAAGGGCAUAAACAGAAUCAAACAAUAUCUAAAAGGGUCAAGGAAGGAUUUGAGCAAGAAACUUGAACACAGCGGCUAUGGAUUAACCUCAAAUUUGGAUAUAUGUGAAUCACGAAAGAGAACCACGGAUCGAUAUAAUCAUCCAGAGAUAAGGAAUGACUCCAAGAAGAUGAAGUUUGGUGUUAAAAGUCCUGAAGGAUGCAAAAAUGAUAUUCAUAAGGCAAGAAAAUACGAGUGCUUGAACUGCAAGAAGGUCUUUAGUUCUUAUCAGGCACUUGGUGGACACAGACCGUGCCACAAAAAAAUCAACGAUUAUUCUGAAUCAACAUAUGAAACUGGUGAGAAUAGCCUUGGUGCUGAUCAGAAUGAUCCUAAAUGCACAAAAAUUGGCAAGCAUAAGGACGUUUUUCACAAUAAAAAAACGGUGAUUCCUACUCAAGAUCUGCCUUAUGAACUUGAAAAAAAGGUUAAACUGAAGAAAUCCAAAGGACACAAAUGCCCAUUUUGCUACAGGAUGUUUAAGUCUGGGCAAGCUUUAGGAGGCCACAAAAGGUCACAUUUUAUUCAUGGUGGUGAUCAUGAGAACCUCAAUCAACAAUCUUCAGCUGUCAAGCGCGAAGUUGCUGAUUUACUCGAUCUUAAUCUUCCUGCUCCAGUCGAUGAGGAGGACGAAGAGCAUGCCCGAUUCAUGCCUUGGUAGUUGAUUAUUAACAAGAUAACAUACACUCAGCAGUCAAAUUUUGAACAUGAAAGAAGGAGGAGGUGGAGAACAACAAAGAAAUAAGGAAGAAGAAGAAGAAGAAAGAGAAUCAGAAAAUCUGAUUUCCUGUCUUAAGAACCUGACUCAAAAGAGAAAAGAAGACCG